AGCCUUCAGAACAAGACGUGGGCCCGGCCGGCCUCCGUUAGCCGAGCGAGCCAGGGCGGUGGGAAGGAGUCCAGAGGGGGCUCACUGGGUUCCCAGCCAGGCCCGACGUAGAUCUGGGAGUGGCGCGCGCCAUCUCAACGGGAUGUGCAGAUGGAGGCCGGAGGAGACACUGCUGCCCCAGCCCCCGGGGACGCGGAGGACGCGGAGGAUACGCGGUUCCCCAGUGAGGAAGCUGGAGACGGUGGAAGUGUUCACAAGGGCCCGCCGGAUCCUGAAGACGAGGGCCUGGAGGAAACAGGAUUGGAGACCAAAGACCAGCCACCCAGCCUGCUGUCACCACUGCCGCAGUCAGAGGCCCCAUCAUGCACCUGUGGGCUCUGGGGUCCUGCAGCCUCUGAGAAUAGUCCCAUGGGUGGCCCUGAGAGUGGCUCUGGGGGCCAGGGCGGGGACCCCAGUGACGAGGACUGGCGCAGCAAGCGGAAGCACGUGUUUGUGCUGAGCGAGGCAGGCAAGCCCAUCUACUCGAGGUACGGGAGUGUGGAGGCACUAUCAACUACCAUGGGUGUGAUGACAGCCCUCGUGUCCUUCGUGCAGAGUGCGGGAGACGCCAUCCGCGCCAUAUAUGCUGAGGACCACAAGCUGGUGUUCCUACAGCAGGGCCCCCUGCUGCUGGUGGCCGUGUCAAGGACUCCUCAGUCAGCAUCCCAGCUGCGGGGGGAGCUGCUAGCUGUGCACGCACAGAUCGUGAGCACGCUGACGCGCGCAAGCGUGGCCCGCAUCUUCGCACGCAAGCAGAACUAUGACCUCCGCCGCCUCCUGGCCGGCUCGGAGCGCACGCUAGACCGGCUUCUGGACAGUGUGGAGCGGGACCCAGGUGCCCUGCUCCUGGGCGCCGUGCGCUGUGUGCCCCUCGCUCGCCCGCUGCGGGAAGCGCUGGGUGCGCUGCUACGACGGUGCACAGCACCCGGCCUGGCACUGUCAGUGCUGGCGGUUGGCGGUCGACUGGUGACAGCAGCCCAGGAGCGGACUGUGCUGGCCGAGUGCCGGCUGGACCCAGCUGACCUGCAGUUGCUGCUCGACUGGGUGGGCGCCCCGGCCUUUGCAGCAGGAGAAGCUUGGGCACCUGUGUGCCUGCCCCGCUUCAACCCCGAUGGUUUCUUCUACGCCUACGUGGCCCGCCUGAAUGCCAUGCCUGUCUGCCUGCUGCUGCUUGGCACCGACCCUGAGGCCUUCCAUGACAUGGCCACCUGCCGGCGCCUGGUUGAAGACGGCAUGCACACCCUCGGUGCCAUGCGUGCCCUUCGGGAGGCUGCCGGCUUCUCUAAUGCCCCCUCAGCCAAUGCCCCUGCCUACAGUGUGCAGGCUGUGGGGGCACCCGGCCUCCGGCACUUCCUCUAUAAGCCGCUCGACAUCCCUGACCAUCACCGCCAGCUGCCCCAGUUUACCAGCCCUGAGCUAGAGGCCCCGUACAGCAGAGAGGAGGAGCGGCAGCGCCUGUCGGACCUGUACCACCGCCUGCACGCGCGCCUCCACAGCACUUCCCGGCCCCUGCGCCUCAUUUAUCACGUGGCUGAGAAGGAGACGCUGCUGGCCUGGGUGACCUCCAAAUUUGAGCUCUAUACCUGCCUCAGCCCCUUGGUGACCAAGGCAGGUGCCAUCUUGGUAGUGACCAAACUCCUGCGCUGGGUGAAGAAAGAAGAGGAUCGACUCUUCAUUCGUUACCCACCCAAGUACUCCACACCCCCAGCAGCCCCAGCUGCCUCCACGGACCACGCUUCCCAUAAUGGCUUGUUCACUGCACCUUGAGAGGCAGAGCUCCCAGAUUGGGAGGGACCACCUUUGGCUUUUACCUUCUGUCUCCACCCUAGAAAUGGGGCAGGGAUGGGAGGUUGGUGGUGUCUGUGGCUGGUGCCUGUCUCCCUGGACAAAGGGGCAAGAUCUGAGGGCCUGCCCAGAAAUGAGAAAUGGGUGGCAACAUGAUUGCACACAGGUGAGCAGGCUGCUUCCCCAGCCCCCUCAUGCAGCUCCACCUCUGGGGAAAUCCUUAGGCCUCCCGCUUCCCCUCCCUCUGCCUCACCUCCUCCACUUGGAUGAUGUUCAAGCCUCUGCCAGGGGUUGCCCCCUCCAGUCCUGGGCACCACACCUGUCCUGCAUGGGGAGUCUGCCUCCUCGAUGGGAUCUCAGCCCUGAGUGUCCAGAACUAGCCAAGGUCUCUCUGGGGGCCCACGGGGAUUCUGGAAUUGGGAAUGCAGGGCCAUCCUGUGCCUGGAACUGGCCUGAGGAUAUUUUAAAGAAAAACUUUACACGAAAGGUCUAAAACCAACCCCCACAGGGACACUCCUUUGCCCUUCAUGUACUUCAUCUUUAUUCUGUCAAAAAUACCCCCAUCAAUGUUGCCUGCUGCUAAUAUUAAUGAGAAGGUGGCCUCCAGGGUCUACCUGCUGUGUAACCCAGGGCAAAGCCCCUGACCUCACACGGUGGCUAAGAUCCAGAAUUUUUACACAGGAGGUACACUUGGCUUCUAGGCUCAUCGUACUCAUCCGCGUGAAAUGGAGAUGACCUCUCAUAGGCUGUUCAGUGAGGAUUUGUGAAUGAAAAGGGACUCAAACUCUUGUUUACCACCGCAGAGCACGUGCACAUUUGUCCCAGCCCUGCACAGCCUGCACAACACAGGCAACCUGGAGAGGGAAAGACCUCUCUAGAGUAUGUGUGGAUUCGCACAACACCCACUCUCCAACCGACCGACAUCAGUAAUUCUGCCCUCGUUUUUGUCUCGUGGUGUACGCAUGCGCACUGCCGAUCAAGGGCUCGGGGCCCUCCGCCUGCCGGGACCUGAGACCCCGUUGCUCCUCUUCCUGGUCAACUGAUGGGUAAACGCGCACUGCACGCAUGCGCACUGCAGGGCCUUUCACCCUCGAGUGUUUUUUUUUAAACCAAUCGUGUUCCACGGCGCACGCGCGCAAGCCCCGCGUUGGAAAAUGGCAGGAAAGUUGAAGUCUUUGAAGGUGGAGCCGCCGGAAGUCGUGGAGGACGCUGAAGGUAGCGAGGGCAUGCGGGCCUCUCCCGCCAGGGCGGAAGGGAGGGAGUCUUUCCUCCCAUUACAGUAAUGAAAUAUUGAUAGCAGUGCUAAAAAAAAAAAGGGUAAAAGAAAAUACUGGAGAUAAAUAACAUACAUAUUCUCAUCAUCUAGAUUAACUCUUGUCAACUGUAUUGGAUAUAUUGCUUAAGUAUUUUAAAGUACACGAUAGACUCAAUACUUCAGUAUGCAUUUCUUCAAACGGUUAAAGGGGGUGGAUGUUCUUACAAAAAUCACCCUGCUGCCGCCAUAUCUAAGAAAAUGAACAGUCAUCCCCCAAUAUAAUCAUUUCACACCCAGCCCAUACCACACUUUGCAUGGAUUCUUUAAUCUUAAUUGGUAAUGGCCGCUUCCGCAGACAGCUUCUUUUCUCCAGGGCAUUUUGUGGAUAAUGACACCCCACCCCUUAGAGAGAGGAAAAAGAAUUGUCCUAAAGACAGUUGGAAAGUGCAGUCUAGCCAAAAGAAGAAAAUGUUCCAAGACAACGAGCCACUACUAUGCCACUAGCAUUUUUGUUAAUUAUAGAAAUUUUCAACAUGUAGCAAAGAACAGAAAAUAGCAUGAUGAACGCCCAUGUCCCCAUCACUCUGUUUCAUCAGUUGUCAACUUUCUGCCCUCCUUUCUUCAAUCUCUAACCCCUCUUCCUGCACACUCUUUCAACUGCUGUAUUAUUAAACCUGUUGGAUGGCAUCUUUCCAGACCUAUAUUUGCAGACAUCAACAAUAAUAAUGAUGAUUUACUUGUUUAUUGUCUGUCCUAGGAUGUGAGCUCCAUGGGAACUAUUUACUGCUGUUUCCCCAGCACCUAAAAUAAUGCCUUCUUGGCAUAUAGGGGGUGCUCAAUAAUUUUUUUUUUACUGUAUGAAUAAUGGAAUAACUUUGAGAGCUCUCUUAGAUUACGGCCACACGUUGAAUGCCAGCUUUCAACCAAGGACAGACAGAAAUAAGAUAGAUGCAAAUAGAUCUCAUUUAUUAAGCACUUACUAUAGCUGCCACUGCUAAAAAACUAUGGUAGUAUCAAUCUUUCAAAUUCGUCAAAAUUGAAGUUAUUAACUUCACCAGCAAUGGAGAAAAUUUUAAAGCAUAUCAAGUUACCAUUUCUAGCCCAUCAAAUUGUCUUUAUAAAGGGAGGAAUAAUAUUUAGUAUUGAUUACUUUGUGGGGAACAAGGCUAUCUCUUGCCACCCUGGGAGAACUGACCAGUAAAGGCUUUGCUGGAGGCAGAAUAUUUUUAGCAUCUAAAAUGCUGUUCCAGGGCCAGCCCCGUGGCUUAGCGGUUAAGUGCACGCGCUCUGCUGCUGGCGGCCCGGGUUCGGAUCCCGGGCGCGCACUGACACCGCUUCUCUGGCCAUGCUGAGGCCGUGUCCCACAUAACAGCAACUAGAAGGAUGUGCAACUAUGACAUACAACUAUCUACUGGGGCUUUGGGGGAAAAAUAAAUAAAUAAAAAUUUAAAAAAAUAAGUAAAAAUAAAAAAUGAAUAAAAUGCUGUUCCAUAUCUUUAGUCACCAUGCUUGGUAAUCAGGAGACUACACAGGUGUGUGGACCAGGAAGGGUCUUUGGAGCGUUGUUGGUGGAAGCAAAACACAAGAAGCAAUCACAGAAAUGGCUAAAUUUAGGUAUAUCCAUGCAUAUUGUGGAAUGCUCAUGUGGUGAACUUUAUUUUUAAGUGACAGAAAAAAUAAUUAACCUCCAAUUUAAUUUAAAAUAAUUAAAAAUUAAUUUUUGAAAGGGUAAGCUCAUGAUUUUCUGACGUAGAAUGAGCUCCAAAAGAGAUCAUAUUUUUAUGAGAGUAAAGCAAGUUGGGAUUAAAAAAAAAAAAGGAAGGGCAGUGUCAACUACAGCCCUGUGUAUGUUGCACAGAAAAAUGUCUGAAGGCUAAAGACCUAACCGAUGACUGUCAACAAGGGACUUGGAUUUGGGGGGCUGGGCAGAAGUAGAGACAUUUUUGUGACUUUUGUUUUGUUUUUUAGGAAAGUGUAAGUAGUACUAUAUAAUGUUAAAAUAGAAAAAUUUGAAUGGCAUUCGAGGAUCAUAUAUUAAUAUUGAUAAAUAUUAACAUCCCGGUUUUGAUGGUUAUACUGCGGUUACCUGGUAGAGUCCCUUUGUAUAUCAGAAAUAUACACUGGACUACUAAGGAAUAAUGGGCCAUGAUGCCUGCAAUUUAUGGUACAGAAACGCUCACAAAUGGGAACUGUGAUACAGGGCAAAUAGGAGCACUGUGGUCUGUUUCUACGACUUUUAUCUAUAUCUGAAAUUAUUUCAAAAUAAAAUGUUCUAAAAGGGGGCUCAUGCUCUACAAGAUUU